CCUGGGGACACACUUGGAUGGAGGCAAUUAAGAUGCCUGUCAGGCAUUUGAUACCAGAAGCCCCUAUGCAAACCUCUAAAUCAUAUGCCAGGGCUACAUCUUAUUGUCAGUGAAUGAUGGCGGAACUGGGUGGCUUGUCAUCAUUCUCGAAAAUUCUGAGGCUAGUGAGCUCUCUCACCCUCUCCCACUCGCCUUAUUUUCCUUUUCGCCACUGCGGGGACUUUUUCUAAUUUGCAGCUUCCCUUUCCCCAACACACACAGACAGGAGCUGGUGGCUUGCAGACUGCGUCUGUCUGGAACUAGAGAGCCUGAGCCAGCCCGCGGAGAUAAUGCUAGGGGAGAAGGAUUCUGCAGCAGUUCUCAAAGGCUAGACUUGGGUGGUAUCGCUGCAUAUGCUCUGGUUCUUCAGCUUGUUGUCUCUAACCGAGGAAACAUUGAUUGGAAACUACUCAUUCAGAAAAGUAAAAGAAAGAAACCAGAACAUAUUAUCAACCCUUUGAGAACACAAUAUAACAAACUUUACCAUUUUACUACUUCUUUGAAUAGGAGAAGCCACAGGACGUUGAAGAAUGGCAGAUGAUCGGAAAGAUGAAGCAAAGGCGCCUCACUGGACCUCAGCUCAACUAACAGAGGCAUCCGCCCACCCACAUCCACCUGAGAUCAAGGAUCAAGGUGGGGCAGGGGAAGGACUUGUCAGAAGCGCCAAUGGAUUCCCGUACAGGGAGGAUGAAGAGGGCGCCUUUGGAGAACAUGGGUCACAGGACACCUACUCAAAUACCAAAGAGAAUGGGAUCAAUGGAGAGCUGACCUCAGCUGACAGAGAAACAGCAGAGGAGGUGUCUGCAAGGAUAGUUCAAGUAGUCACGGCGGAAGCUGUAGCAGUUCUGAAAGGUGAACAAGAGAAAGAAGCUCAGCAUAAAGAUCAGCCUGCAGCUCUGCCUUUAGCAGCUGAAGAGACAGCUAAUCUGCCUCCUUCUCCACCCCCAUCACCAGCCUCAGAACAGACUGUCACAGUGGAGGAAGAAGAAGAAAUGCUAGCGAGUCCAAUGGCCGAGGAAGAGAAACCUGCCACUCUUCCUGGGAAAGAGUGUGAGGCUGCCAAGGCCUCAGACCAGCCCAAGGGCCUCAGUGAGGGCCAAGUGGAGUCUAGUGCGGAGGCCCAAAUAGCUCCUGAAGAGAGCGCCCCAGCAGGGACCCCACAGGAGAAAAGUAUAAAAGAGGUCGCGGAGGUGUCUCCAGAAGUAAAAACCCCUUCCUCUGCCGGGGAAGGUUUGCUUACAGCCUUGAAGAUGGAGUUUCAUGAUCAACAGGAAUUGACUCCCUCUCCAGCCGAGCCAUUAGACAAGGAGGAAAAGGAGUCAGAGGAAGAAAGUAAGCCUGGUGAAGACCUUAAACAUGCUGCCUUAGUUUCUCAGCCUGAGACAACUAAAACUUCCCCUGAUAAAAAGGACAUGCAAGACACAGAAGAAGAAAAAGUACCUCCCACUCUGUUUGGGCAUACUCUGGGUGCCAGCCUAGAAGACACAAAACAGAAGACAGAACCAAGCCUAGUGGUACCUGGUAUUGGCCUUCCCACAGAGCCUUCAGCUGCAAAAGAGCAAAAGGACUGGUUCAUCCAAAUGCCAAUAGAAGCAAAAAAGGACGAGUGGGGUUUAGUUGCUCCGGUAUCUCCUGGCCCCCUAACACCCAUGAAGGAAAAAGAUGUACUUGAGGACAUCCCAAAAUGGGAAGGGAAACAAUUUGAUUCUCCCAUGCCAAGUCCCUUUCAGGGUGGAAGCUUCACUCUUCCUUUUGAUGUCACAAAGAAUGACAUUGUUGCAGCAGCAUCACCCUUUGCCCCCGCCCUAUUACAGCCAGAUGACAAAAAAUCUUUGGAAGAAACUGGUAGCCCAGCAACUGCCAAAGAUAGUUCUAAAGUUGAAGAGCCCCAUAUGGAUCAACCUGACAAAAUGGCAGAAGCACCAGCCUCAGAGGCAGUUACAUCACCCAAAGAUGCUCACAUUUCGAUUGUGGAAGACUAUGUUCCGGAGAAAGGUUUAGGAGAAGAGAAAGGGGCAAUAAAGCAAGAGAGUGUGCAGAUAAAAGAGACCCCCACCUUCAGUGAGCAGGAAUCUAUGCUUACUGAAAAGGAACCUCACCUAAAGCUUGAAGAACAAACAACCAUUUCUGACGAAGAAGCUGUGUCAAAAGAGAGUGAAGCCCCAAAAUUGACAGAUGAAGAAACAGGUGUAAUUCAGCCCUCCACAGAGCACACUUACUCCAAAGAAGAACCGAAAGGCCAGGAGCUUCCCACAGAUAUAUUAAAACAGGACUCAUUCCCUGUAAGUUUGGAGCAAGCAGUUACCGAUUCAGCCGUGACCUCUAAGACACCAGAAAAAGUCAUGACUGAACCAGCUGCACUAAGUGAAAAGAGUGCCACCCAGGAGCUUUUUGAAGAAAAAGUUGCUGACAAAGAUAAUGUUGAAGGAGUUGGAGCUGUAACAUCAGCUGAGCUUGACAUGCCAUUUUAUGAAGAUAAGUCAGGAAUGUCCAAGUACUUUGAAACAUCUGCCUUGAAAGAAGAAGUGACAAAAAGUAUCCAGCCAGGCAGUGAUUACUAUGAACUGAGUGACACAAGAGAAGGUGCCCAAGAGUCUUUUGAUACCGUAUCUUCCAUGUAUAAAAAUGGCGACAAGGCACUUAUGGCAGAGAAAGACUCCCAGCCCAGUGCUGUAGCACAAGAAGGAGGCUACAGCACUCUUGCACAGAGUUAUCCAUCUGACUUACCUGAAGAACCCAUUUCUCCUCAAGAAAGAAUGUUCACUAUUGAUCCAAAAGUGUAUGGGGAGAAAAGGGAUCUCCACAGUAAGAAUAAGGAUGAUUUGACACUGAGCAGAAGUUUAGGACUUGGUGGUAGGUCUGCAAUAGAGCAAAGAAGCAUGUCAAUCAAUUUGCCCAUGUCUUGCCUGGAUUCCAUAGCCCUUGGAUUUAACUUUGGUCGGGGGCAUGAUCUUUCUCCCCUUGCUUCUGAUAUUCUAACCAACACUAGUGGAAGUAUGGACGAAGGAGAUGAUUACCUUCCAGCCACGACACCUGCAGUGGACAAAGCCCCUUGCUUCCCAACAGAAAGCAAAGAAGAAAAAGAACAGAUAAAGGGGGAAAAAGCUACUGGAGAGGAAAACACCCAAGCCGAGCCAUCGUGUGAGUCACCUUUCCUAGCCAAAGAUUAUUACAAAAAUGGUACUGUCAUGGCACCUGACCUGCCUGAGAUGCUAGACCUGGCAGGCACAAGGUCAAGAUUAGCUUCCAUGAGUGCAGAUGCCGAGGUUGCCAGGAGAAAAUCAGUCCCAUCAGAGACUGUGGUGGAGGAGAGUAGUACUGGCUUCCCCCCUGUCACUGAUGAAAACCACGUCAUUGUUAAAACUGACAGUCAGCUCGAAGACCUGGGCUACUGUGUGUUCAAUAAAUACACAGUCCCACUCCCAUCACCUGUUCAAGACAGUGAGAAUUUAUCUGGGGAGAGUGGUUCCUUUUAUGAAGGCACUGAUGAUAAAGCACGAAGAGAUUUGGUCACGGAUCUUUCAUUGAUUGAAGUCAAACUGGCAGCUGCUGGAAGAGUCAAAGAUGAACUCAGUGCUGAGAAAGAAGCAUCCCCGCCUAUCUCUGGUGACAAAUCAGGACUGAGUAGGGAGUUUGAUCAGGAGAAGAAAGCGAAUGAUAAGCUGGAUACUUUACUAGAAAAAAGUGAAGAACAUGCCGAUUCAAAAGAACAUGCCAAGGAAACAGAAGAGGCUGGUGAUAAAGUUGAAACUUUUGGAUUAGGAGUAACCCAUGAGCAAGCUUCAGCCAAAGAACUGACAGCCUCAAAAGAUGCAUCACCUCUCACGGCUGAGAAAGCAGAGAAAGGUCUUAGUUCCGUGCCAGAGGUAGCUGAAGUAGAACCAUCCCAAAAAGCUGAACCAGAGCUGGAUUUUGCUGCAAAGAAAGCUGACCAGGGUCAGUUAGAUGUUAAAAUCAGUGACUUUGGACAGAUGGCCUCAGGGCUACACAUAGAUGCUGGAAAGGCAGCAGAGCUUAAACUCAAGGCUACCCAGGACCUCGCCCCCUCAUCCACAGCACCUCAGGAGGCAGAUGCGUUUAUGGGUGUUGAGUCUGGCCACGUGAAAGAAGGCACAAAAGUUAGUGAAACAGAAGUCAAGGAGAAGGUGGCCAAGCCUGACCUGGUGCACCAGGAGGCUGUAGACAAAGAGGAGUCCUAUGAGUCCAGCGGUGAGCAUGAAAGCCUCACCAUGGAGUCCUUGAAAGCUGAUGAGGGCAAGAAGGAAAUUUCCCCAGAAUCUUCUCUAAUUCAAGACGAGAUUGCCAUCAAAUUGUCUGUGGAAAUACCCUGUGCACCUGCUGUUUCAGAGGCUGAUUUAGCCGCAGAUGAGAGAGCUGACGUCCAGAUGGAACUUAUUCAGCUGCCAAAAGAAGAAAACAAGGAGACCCCAGAUAUAUCUAUCACACCCUCUGAUGUUACAGAACCGUUGCCUGAAGCCACUGGAGCUGAACCAGCAGAGGCUGAGAAUGAGGAAGAAGAGAUAGAAGCCCGGGGAGAUUAUGAUAAACUGCUCUUCCGCUCAGACACCCUUCAGAUUACUGACCUGGGUGUCCCAGGUGUCAGGGAGGAAUUUGUGGAGACCUGCCCUGGUGAACACAAGGGAGUGAUUGAGUCCGUUGUAACCAUCGAGGAUGAUUUCAUCACUGUCGUGCAAACCACAACUGAUGAGGGGGAGUCGGGUUCCCACAGUGUGCGUUUUGCAGCCUUAGAGCAGCCUGAGGUAGAAAGGAGACCAUCCCCCCGUGCUGAAGAAGAGCUUGAAGUAGAAGAGGCAGCUGAAGCCCAGGCUGAACCCAAGGAUGGCUCCCCAGAAGCUCCGGCUUCCCCUGAGAGAGAAGAGGUUGGGCUCUCAGAAUAUAAGACAGAAACCUAUGACGAUUACAAAGACGAGACCACCAUUGAUGACUCCAUCAUGGAUGCUGACAGCCUCUGGGUGGACACUCAAGAUGAUGAUAGGAGCAUCAUGACAGAACAGUUAGAAACUAUUCCUAAAGAGGAGAAAGCUGAAAAGGAAGCUCGGAGACCAUCUCUUGAGAAACAUAGAAAAGAAAAGCCUUUUAAAACCGGGAGAGGCAGAAUUUCCACUCCUGAAAGAAAAAUAGCUAAAAAGGAACCUAGCACAGUCUCCAGAGAUGAAGUGAGAAGGAAAAAAGCAGUUUAUAAGAAGGCUGAACUUGCUAAAAAAACAGAAGUUCAGGCCCACUCUCCCUCCAGGAAAUUCAUUUUAAAACCUGCUAUCAAAUAUACUAGACCAACUCAUCUCUCCUGUGUUAAGCGGAAAACGACAGCAGCAGGUGCUGAAUCAGCUCAGGCUCCCAGUGUAUUUAAACAGGCAAAGGACAAAGUGUCUGAUGGAGUAACCAAGAGCCCAGAAAAGCGCUCUUCUCUGCCGAGACCGUCCUCCAUUCUUCCUCCUCGCCGAGGCGUAUCAGGAGACAGAGAUGAGAACUCCUUCUCUCUCAACAGUUCUAUCUCCUCUUCUGCACGGCGGACCACUAGGUCAGAGCCAAUUCGCAGAGCAGGAAAAAGUGGCACUUCAACACCCACUACCCCCGGAUCAACCGCCAUCACUCCUGGUACCCCACCAAGCUAUUCUUCACGCACACCAGGCACUCCUGGAACCCCUAGCUAUCCCAGGACCCCUCACACACCAGGAACCCCCAAGUCUGCCAUCUUGGUGCCCAGUGAGAAGAAAGUUGCCAUUAUACGUACGCCUCCAAAAUCUCCUGCUACUCCCAAGCAACUUCGGCUUAUCAACCAACCACUGCCAGACCUGAAGAAUGUCAAAUCCAAAAUUGGAUCGACAGAGAACAUCAAAUACCAGCCUAAAGGGGGGCAGGUACAGAUUGUCACCAAGAAGAUAGACCUAAGCCACGUGACAUCCAAAUGCGGCUCUCUGAAAAACAUCCGCCACAGGCCAGGCGGUGGGCGUGUGAAAAUUGAGAGUGUGAAACUGGAUUUCAAAGAAAAGGCCCAAGCUAAAGUUGGUUCACUUGACAAUGCUCACCACGUACCUGGAGGUGGUAAUGUCAAGAUUGACAGCCAAAAGUUGAACUUCAGAGAGCAUGCUAAGGCCCGUGUGGACCACGGGGCUGAGAUCAUUACGCAGUCCCCAGGCAGAUCCAGCGUGGCAUCCCCCCGACGACUCAGCAACGUCUCCUCUUCUGGAAGCAUCAACCUGCUCGAAUCCCCCCAGCUUGCCACCCUGGCCGAGGAUGUCACUGCCGCACUCGCUAAGCAGGGCUUGUGAAUAUUUCUCGUUUAGCAUUGAAGUAAUACUAUUUAGGCAUGAGCUCUUGGCAGGAGUGGGCUCUGAGCAGGUGUUAUAUUCAUUCUUUACAAACCAUAAAAUAAAUAAUCUCAUUCCCAAACUGUAGUAACUGUUACAAUUUUAUAUUAAAAAAAGAAUAGUAUAUGCAGAAAUUGACUUGAUUUCCAUUUGUAAAAGGAAGAUACUGGCUUUACAUGAGUACAAUUGGACAAUUAUUUUUGCUCUGCUCUGUUUUGCAUGGAGUAAUAUUAUUUUAAAAAUUGCAUUUCUACCUUUCAUGUGCCUGAAGGCUAUCCACUACAUCCUGAAAGGCCUUGUUAAAAUCCAAGCUGCUCAUUUCACUAUUUUGUUGCUGGGUGAAAAGAUAAAAAGCUGCCCAUUGUAACUUAUUACAGGUUAAAUUAAAUCAAGGAGUCUGAUUGCAGGAAGGGAAGAGCAUGUAAGAAAUAAGUUUUUUUUAAAGCGUUAUUUUGUAUAAAUGGGAAGAAAGAUUCAAUUAAGUUAUUAACAUUUGGGACCUGGAUAAUUAUAUCAGAGUAUAAGUCGAUCCAAUAAAUUAUUUAACUAAUUAAGAAAUAGUUACGACGCAUUUGAGCUGUGGUUGAGGAAGUGGUAUAAAGUGCAUCUCUUAGGAAUGAAGCACUUUCAUUAGGGUGGACUCGUGUCUGAUUAGAACGUUGGUUGAUCAGCUAGAUUUGUGUACACAGUACCAGUUUCACACCCCUUUUCCAUCUGUUUGAUACGGUAUUAUAGAUAUAAAUAUAUAUAUAUUUCUCUGUGGCCAUUUGUGAUACUUCCUCAUAUACUUGAAUAUUAUACUUCCUUAUUCACAGCAUCUGUGUCUCCUGCACCCUUCGGUGUUGCAGUUUUAGGUAUGUGAAAGUAGGUGUUAGCAGGGUUCUUUCCCUAUUAAAAAAAAGUUGAAAAAGACAAAAAGUUUUAGCAUGAAGUUGCUUUCUGUAACAACUCAAAGCUGUAACCCUGUUUUAGUGCCAGAUACAAGUCUCUCCCGUGAUGCUAGAAAAAAUUUGUUUUUCUUUGCUUUCACCAACAUGGAGUUUGUGGGGGUGGGUCCAGUUAUACAUAAAAGGGUUUACAGAUUGUUGGUGUAAGAUUAUGGAUUUAUCUUAUUUUGAAUCACAGGAUAGUUUGGGUUUUAUUCCUGUAAUCAUUCAUGAAACAGACUUCUUAAGAUUUCUUUUUCUUUUUUUUUUCCAUUUGCUAAAGUUGAAACUAACAGUGGGAUUUGGGGGCAUGUUAUCCCAUUCUUCCAAAUAGUACCUGUUUAUUAAAUUAUCUGAUAGAAAAUGUUUGACCUCCAUACCCAAAGAUCCCUUGAUCAGAAGGGGAAAAUACAGGAUUUUGAGAAGCUAUAGCUAUAAAAUAUUGGAGAUGCAGAUAUCUAAAUCAGUUUUUUCAUAACUCCAACAUUGUACUCUGUAAAGGAACACUAUUAUGUAUCAGUAGAUAAUACCAUUCUGACUUUAGAUACGGUCUAGAAAUCACAAAUCAAUUAAUUCACUUUACAAAUCAUUCAUCUUAGAUUUAUGAAUAAGCAAUGAAAUAGUCAAUAGCCUGAAUAAGGCAGUGGGUUACCAGGCUAGAUGGAUGCUUUCUAGUAUUUUUAUCUGUUCUUUUUCUUGCUCAGGGAUGGUAGGCUGGAUCUGAACAGUUAAAGGCAAAUGGUCCAGUAGGCGUUUGAUUCCUUUGAGCCAAAUCAAUUCUCGAAUAUAAAGGAAAAAAUGAUGAAUAUGGACUGAGGCAACAAGCUAGUAUAGUAGCAUCUAAGAAAGAAGCCAAGGGAUGCAAAGACAGAGAGGCGGGUGCCAUUUUGUGACCCAUUGGAAAUUACAACCAAUGCGGCUUCCAUAAAAGGAACUCUAGGAGCAAAAGUGCACCAUUCAUUCUCAACUAAGAGGUUUUACGUAGGCAAACGUUUCUGAAACUAUUUAUAGAUCAGUUAUUUUAUAGGACAACGAUUUAGAAAUGACUGAUUAGGACUGUGCAUGUGUCUGUUUUCUGCCUAAUUAUUGCUGUGAGGUUUGAUUUGUCCCAUCUGGGCAUUUUAUUCAGCAGCUUCCCUUGAAAUGCACCAGAAUACAGGAGAAGAAAGAAUAGGAGUGUGGAGACUUAACAGUAUUUUCUUAUGUGUUUGGUAGUGUUAGAUAGUGAUUAAAGCUGAAGUUAACAGCUGGUUAGAACAGUUUUAACCUCUGAAACAAGUAUUUUUUUUCAACCUGGUUUAAAUUUUUUAUAAGCAUUAAGAAUAAGUAAACAUGACCUACAUAUCAAAAUUGUUUCUUACAAAUACACGUCUAAAAUAAAGAUUAUAUAAAGUACCAAGUUAUAAGAUUUGGCAUUAAAACAAAUGUUUACUUCAAAUCACAGCAAAAUUAUAAUGAAUAAAUGCCCUUGCUUUGUAUGGAAAUACAAAUUCUUUAUAAAAAGUUAACAAAAUGAACCUGAUAAUUUGUACAAGUAGAAGAAAGAAACACAGGCUACAUGUCUUCUUAUGGGGAUAAGGGGUGGAACCCAUCUUGCCUUUACACUUAAGAUUAACGACACAAAUUAAGCUUUUUGAACACCACUCUUGUGGGGACAUCCAUACGCUGAUCUAGAAAUUAAGGCUUCAUAGUUCCAAUUCUAGAUCUAUUAAUGCCAGUUUCUCUCUGGCUUUAGCCUUUGAGAACCUGUUUAAGGAAACAUAAGUAAUCCAGAGCUGUGAAGAGUUAAAAGGCCCACUCACUCUCUCUGGGUCACCUGCAACCAAUAAUUGGGUACUUUACAAUGAUGCAGGAGAGAUCCGAGUUCAUGAUGAGUCUCAAAGGCCAUGUUCAUUUAGGAACCAACUCUCUCUGGAUUCUCCUGCUGAGUUCCAGCAGGGUGAUGGGCUAAAAUCCCACCCACAAGCAAGACACCUGUGUAACACUAACUAGGUAUAGCUGAAGAAGGCUGAAGAGAGAACUUGGUUAAAUGGAAAAAUGUACUUGAUGGUAGCUGACCUUCUCCACACACUCAUAUAGUUAUAGAGCAGGAAAUGGGAUCAUCAGCCAAAAUAUGUCAAUAUUAUUAAAGAAAUAAUCUCAAUGUGGUUGAUUCUGACAUAGCUGCAAGUAUAGUAUUUUCUCCUAUUUUUCAUGCCACAGAAAGCAGGAAAAUAAACUAUUCAUGGUCUAAGUGGCCAGAAAAGAUAGAUCCAUGGCUUGGAAAGGCAAAUUCUAGACAUUCCUUCAAAGACUGAUGUGCUAAAAUUAGCAUUGAUGUUUGUUUUUUAACACCUAGGAUUUUUAGCCUGGGUAUGUAGGUUGAGGCCAAGUCCCUAGCAGGAAAAAGCUUAUUUUUAGACUCCUAAAAUGUCAAUCAUGAAAGAUCUACUUCAACUUUAGCAAAAAGAAAAAAAAAUCAACAAAAAGUAUACUCUGUAUGCUGGGAUUCCAAGGUUCCAACAUGCCGCUACAAAUCUGUGGGGGGUUUCUUUCUUCUGAUAAUUCUAGAGCCUGUUACCAUAGAAAGGCAUUUCUUCAAUGGCUGGUUGUAGUUAGUUCAUGUUUUUCAAGCAAAAUUUGCAAAUGUAUUUGUUGCUGUAUAGUGAUUGUUUUGCAAAAUAAAGUUGCUUGUCACCUAACUGAUA